GGCUCGGGCCCGCGAUGGCGGGGCCCUGGCUCAGGUGGGGGCUGCUGCUCUGGGCAGGGCUGCUCGCGUCGUCGGCGCACGGCCGGGUGCGGAGGAUCACGUACGUGGUGCGCCCGGGCCCCGGCCUGGCGGCGGGCGCCUUGCCCCUGGGCGGGCCUCCGCGCCCGCGGACCUUCAACGUCGCGCUCGACGCCAGGUACAGCCGCGGCUCGGCGGGCGCCGGGGCUCCCAGCCGCGCCUCUCCGGGGGCCCCCUCGGAGCGGACGCGCCGCACGAGCCAGCCAGGCGGCGCGGCCCUGCAGGGGCUCCGGCCGCCUCCGCCGCCCGAGCCGGCGCGGCCCGGGGCUCCCGGCGGGCAGCUCCACCCCAAGCCCGGCGCUUACCCGGCGGCCGCCCCGUUCGCCAAACAAGGCAGGCAAGUCGUGCGCUCCAAAGUGCCGCCGGAGAGCCAGAGCGGCGGGGGCUCGAGGCUGCAGGUUCAGCAGAAGCAGCAGCUGCAGGGGGUCAAUGUCUGUGGAGGGCAGUGCUGCCAUGGCUGGAGUAAGGCCCCUGGCUCCCAGAGGUGCACCAAACCAAGCUGUGUUCCACCAUGCCAGAAUGGAGGGAUGUGUCUCCGGCCUCAACUCUGUGUGUGUAAACCGGGGACCAAGGGCAAAGCCUGUGAAACAGCAGCUGCCCAGGACACCUCAUCCCCAGGCUUUGGAGGGCAGAGUCUUGCGGCUGCUUCCUCCUGGGUCCCUCCUGAGCAAGCAGCAAAGCACACUUCGUCUAAGAAGGCAGACACUCUUCCAAGAGUCAGUCCUGUGGCCCAGAUGACCUUGACCCUCAAGCCGAAGCCUUCCGUAGGACUGUCCCAGCAGAUUCAUUCUCAAGUGACACCACUUUCCUCACAGAAUGUGAUGAUACAUCAUGGCCAGACCCAGGAGUAUGUGCUGAAGCCCAAGUACUUCGCGGCCCAGAAGGUGAUCUCGGGAGAGCAGUCCACUGAAGGUUCGUUCCCUUUGACAUUCAAGCAGGGUCAAGUUAUGGCGCCUUUUCAGUUGAGUAACCACACUGGCCGCAUCAAGGUGGUCUUUACUCCGAGCAUCUGUAAAGUGACCUGCACCAAGGGCAGCUGUCAGAACAGCUGUGAGAAGGGGAACACCACCACUCUCAUUAGUGAGAAUGGUCAUGCUGCCGACACCCUGACGGCCACGAACUUCCGAGUGGUAAUUUGCCAUCUUCCAUGUAUGAAUGGUGGCCAGUGCAGUUCAAGAGACAAAUGCCAGUGCCCUCCAAAUUUCACAGGGAAGCUUUGUCAGAUCCCAGUCCAUGGUGCCAGUGUGCCUAAACUUUACCAGCAUUCUCAGCAGUCAGGCAAGGCAUUGGGAACGCACGUCGUCCACUCUACACAUACCUUGCCUCUGACCAUGACUAGCCAACAAGGAGUCAAAGUGAAAUUUCCUCCCAACAUAGUCAAUAUCCAUGUGAAACACCCUCCGGAGGCUUCAGUUCAGAUACAUCAGGUUUCAAGAAUUGAUGGCCCAACAGGCCAGAAGACAAAAGAAACUCAAGCGGGCCAAUCCCAAAUCUCUUACCAAGGGCUUCCCGUCCAGAAGACCCAGACCGUACAUUCCACGUACUCUCACCAGCAGGUCAUUCCCCACGUCUACCCUGUGGCUGCUAAGACGCAGCUUGGCCGGUGCUUCCAGGAAACCAUUGGGUCACAGUGUGGCAAGGCGCUCCCUGGCCUUUCGAAGCAGGAGGAUUGCUGUGGAACUGUGGGUACCUCGUGGGGCUUUAACAAAUGCCAGAAAUGCCCCAAGAAGCCGUCGUAUCAUGGAUAUAACCAAAUGAUGGAGUGUCUGCAAGGUUAUAAGCGGGUCAACAACACCUUUUGUCAAGAUAUUAAUGAAUGCCAGCUACAGGGCGUGUGCCCUAAUGGUGAGUGUUUGAAUACCAUGGGCAGCUAUAGAUGUACCUGCAAAAUGGGAUUUGGCCCGGAUCCUACCUUUUCAAGUUGUGUUCCGGAUACCCCUGUGAUCUCUGAAGAGAAAGGGCCCUGUUACCGACUUGUCAGUUCCGGAAGGCAGUGUAUGCACCCUCUGUCUGUUCACCUCACCAAGCAGCUCUGCUGUUGUAGUGUGGGCAAAGCCUGGGGCCCACACUGUGAGAAAUGUCCCCUUCCAGGCACAGCUGCUUUUAAGGAAAUCUGUCCUGGUGGAAUGGGUUAUACGGUUUCUGGCGUUCAUAGACGCAGGCCAAUCCAUCACCAUGUAGGUAAAGGACCUGUAUUUGUCAAGCCAAAGAACACUCAACCUGUUGCUAAAAGUACUCAUCCUCCACCUCUCCCAGCCAAGGAAGAGCCAGUGGAGGCCCUGACCUUCUCCCGGGAACACGGGCCAGGAGUGGCGGAGCCAGAAGUGGCAACUGCACCCCCUGAGAAGGAAAUACCUUCAUUGGAUCAAGAGAAAACCAAACUUGAGCCUGGUCAACCCCAGCUCUCUCCAGGCAUCUCAACGAUUCACCUGCAUCCACAGUUUCCAGUGGUGAUUGAAAAAACAUCACCUCCUGUGCCUGUGGAAGUAGCUCCUGAGGCUUCUACAUCAAGUGCCAGCCAAGUGAUUGCACCUACUCAAGUAACGGAAAUCAAUGAAUGUACUGUGAACCCUGACAUCUGUGGAGCAGGACACUGCAUUAACCUGCCUGUGAGGUAUACGUGUAUAUGCUAUGAGGGCUACAAGUUCAGUGAGCAACAGAGGAAAUGUGUUGAUAUUGAUGAAUGCACUCAGGUCCAACAGCUCUGUUCCCAGGGACGCUGUGAAAACACUGAGGGAAGUUUCUUGUGUAUUUGCCCAGCAGGAUUUAUGGCCAGUGAGGAGGGUCCUAACUGCAUAGAUGUUGACGAGUGCCUGAGGCCAGAUGUGUGUGGGGAAGGACACUGCAUCAAUACCGUGGGGGCCUUCCGGUGUGAAUACUGUGACAGCGGGUACCGCAUGACCCGGGGCGGCCGUUGUGAGGAUAUUGAUGAAUGUUUAACUCCAAGCACUUGUCCAGAUGAGCAGUGCGUGAAUUCUCCUGGAUCUUACCAGUGUGUUCCCUGCACAGAAGGGUUCCGAGGCUGGAAUGGGCAAUGUCUUGAUGUGGAUGAGUGUCUGGACCCACAGAUCUGCACAAAUGGUACUUGCUCGAACCUCGAAGGCUCCUAUAUGUGUUCAUGCCACAAGGGCUACAGCCCAACCCCAGACCACAAGCACUGUAAAGAUACUGACGAGUGUCAGCAGGGGAAUCUGUGCAUAAAUGGGCAGUGCAAGAACACUGAGGGCUCCUUCCAGUGUACCUGUGGGCAGGGCUACCAGCUGUCAGCAGCAAAAGACCAGUGUGAAGAUAUUGAUGAAUGUCAGCAUCAUCAUCUCUGCAAUAAUGGACAGUGCAGGAACACAGAGGGCUCCUUCCUCUGUGUUUGUGACCAGGGUUACAGAGCAUCCACCCUUGGAGACCACUGUGAAGAUAUCAAUGAAUGCUUGGAGGACAAGAGUGUUUGCCAAGGAGGAGACUGCAUUAACACCGAAGGGUCCUAUGAUUGUACGUGUCCAGAUGGAUUCCAGCUAAAUGACAAUAAGGGAUGUCAAGAUAUUAAUGAAUGUGAACAGCCUGGACUCUGUGAUCCUCACGGAGAGUGUCUAAACACAGAUGGUUCUUUUCACUGUGUCUGCGAACAGGGUUUCUCAAUUUCAGCAGAUGGCCGUACAUGUGAAGAUAUUGAUGAAUGUGUAAACAACACUGUUUGUGACAGUCACGGGUUUUGUGACAAUACGGCUGGCUCCUUCCGCUGCCUCUGUUAUCAGGGCUUUCAGGCCCCACAGGAUGGGCAAGGGUGUGUGGAUGUGAACGAAUGCGAGCUGCUCAGUGGGGUAUGUGGUGAAGCCUUCUGUGAAAAUGUGGAAGGGUCCUUCCUUUGUGUGUGUGCUGAUGAAAACCAGGAAUACAGCCCCAUGACCGGGGAGUGUCGCUCCCGGGCCUCGGGAGACGUAGAUGAUGAUCAACCCAAAGAAGAAAAGAAAGAAUGCUACUAUAAUCUAAACGAUGCCAGUCUCUGCGAUAAUGUGCUGGCCCCCAAUGUCACCAAACAAGAGUGCUGCUGUACCUCCGGCGCCGGCUGGGGAGACAACUGUGAGAUCUUCCCUUGCCCUGUCGUGGGGACUGCUGAAUUCGCUGAAAUGUGUCCUAGAGGGAAAGGCUUUGUCCCCACUGGAGAAUCCUCUUAUGAUGCUGGUGAUGAGAACUAUAAAGAUGCAGAUGAAUGCCUGCUCUUUGGGCAAGAAAUCUGCAAAAAUGGCUUCUGUCUGAACACUCAGCCUGGUUAUGAAUGCUACUGUAAGCAGGGGACAUACUAUGAUCCCGUCAAAUUGCAGUGCUUUGAUAUGGAUGAAUGUCAGGACCCCAACAGUUGUAUUGAUGGCCAAUGUGUUAAUACAGAAGGCUCUUAUAACUGCUUCUGUACCCAUCCAAUGGUCCUGGAUGCUUCAGAAAAAAGAUGCAUACGACCAACUGAAUCACAUGAACAAAUAGAAGAAACUGAUGUCUACCAAGAUCUGUGCUGGGAACAUCUGAGUGAUGAGUAUGUGUGUAGCCGGCCUCUUGUUGGCAAGCAGACAACUUACACUGAAUGCUGCUGUUUGUAUGGAGAGGCCUGGGGUAUGCAGUGUGCCCUGUGCCCCAUGAAGGAUUCAGAUGACUAUGCCCAGCUGUGUAACAUCCCCGUCACGGGACGCCGGCGGCCAUAUGGACGGGAUGCCUUGGUUGACUUCAGCGAACAGUAUGCUCCAGAAGCUGAUCCCUAUUUUAUUCAGGACCGUUUUUUAAAUAGCUUUGAGGAGUUGCAGGCUGAAGAAUGUGGCAUCCUCAAUGGAUGUGAGAAUGGCCGCUGUGUGAGGGUGCAGGAAGGUUAUACCUGUGACUGUUUUGAUGGGUAUCACUUGGAUAUGGCCAAGAUGACCUGUGUUGAUGUAAACGAAUGUGAUGAGUUGAACAACCGGAUGUCUCUCUGCAAGAAUGCCAAGUGCAUCAACACCGAGGGCUCCUACAAGUGUGUGUGUCUGCCUGGCUACGUGCCUUCGGACAAGCCCAACUACUGCACGCCAUUGAGUACCGCCUUGAAUUUAGAAAAAGACAGCGACCUGGAGUAAAAGAGGAUCUACAUAACCUAAGCCCGUAUACUCUGCACUGUGUAAAGGAAAAGAGAGAAAUGUAUUAUACUUGAGACAUUGCACCUACCCCAGGGUGUCAGAAACACGGAACCAUCACAGAAUUGCGUCUCCUCGCAAAGAAGAGGAGAGGAUCCAGUGUGAGCCUGACUGGUGUGACAGACCAAAUGGACAUUUCUCUGAAAAACCAGUAUAUAUAGUCUGUUCAUAUGUAAAAUUCAGUGGAAAAGAGGCGGAACAGUGCUGUUAUUUUAAACAGAAGGUUGUAUUAUGAUGUUUUUGUUUUUGUUUUUGUUUUUUUACUAUUGCUUGAUUAAAUUUGGCAUUUAAAUAGUGGUGGAAAUAUUUUAUAUAAUUUUCAUUUUUUGGUUGUGCAGUUCCUUGGCUGCUGUUUUUCUUCAGAUUUUUUUUUUUCAAGCUCAAGGGCACAAGUCUUUGAUAAAAUAUUGUUAAACUGUAUUGUAAGUAUUGUUACACAGGGUUAUGUUAUUCCUGUUCUGGAGCAUUUUUAAAAAUCCAAACUGUCUGUCCUGUGGAGCAGGCAGCAAUUUUGUCUCAAAACUUUUCUACACAUUUGGAGGAAAAUACUUUAUAUUUACAGUGUAUCGUCUGAUUUUAAUGUCCAUUCUUAGCCAAGCUGCUAGUAGGCAUCAAUUGGAUCCUUUCCCUCAUUAAAAUGGAAGAAUUAAUGAGCUCAUGUUAGUAUUGUAAUGUGUAAAGUAAGCCCAGCAAAAUUUUUUGAAAACUUGAUGAUCCCAAUAUAUUUACCAUUGUAUGUUAAAGCAAAAUAAAUCACCAUUUUUUUAGAAAAAAAAAUUCUACCUGGGAGUAACUGUCAAUGAGUACCUGUCAUAUUCCCCCCACCUCAUUUAUUUUUAUGAACGGUUCUCUAGUAGCAUAGAGUCUUUCACAGGUUAAUUAUUAUAUUUGUUAGAUGUUGGUAGGGACUGAAUGGCGUCCACCUGCGUAAUUCAUAUGUUGGUGUCCUAACCCCCAGUACCCCAGAAUGUGAGUGUCCUUGAAGAUGGGGGUCUUUAAAGUGGUAAUUAAGGUUAAAUGAGGUCUUUGGGGUAACCCUAGCCCAAUAUGACUGGUGUCCUUAUAGGAAGAGAUAGGACAGGCACACACAGGGGAAAGACCAUAUGAAGACACGGGGAAAAGACCACCAUCUCCAAGCCAAGGAGAAAGGCCUCAGAAGAAAUCAACCCUGCAGUACCUUGAUCUCAAACUUCUAGCCUCCAGAAUGAUAAGAAAAUUAAUUUGCUGUUUAAGUCACCCAGUCUGUGGUACUCUGUUCCGGCAGCCCUGGCAAGCAGGACACAGAUCCAGAUCACAGCUAGAUAGCACAGGAACCCUGAAAACAGCUUGCGAGGUUCUAGUCCCUGCUUAUACACGUCUGUAUGGUUUUGCGAUUGUUAAAGUGAGUUUCAGAACCUACUUUUUCUUAAGGAAAGCAUCUGAGUUUAAAGAAAAAUAACGAACCAUGUGUAGGGGUACCCAGCCGAAAAUCUCAUUUAACAUUUUCCUGAAAUACAGGCUUUUGGUGUCUAAUACCUGCAGUGGGAAGAAUGAUGGCACAUCGAAGAUAUCCAUGUCCUAGUCCCUAGAACCUGUGAACGUUACUGUAUGCGGCAAAUGGAAAUUAAGGUUACAGAUGGAAUUAAGGUUGCCAAUCAGUGGCCUUAAUAGAGAGAUAACCCGGGAAGACUCAAUGUAAUCACGAGAGUGGAAAAGGGAGACAGAAAAGCAGAGUCUGGGGAGAGAUGAGAGAUGUAGGUGAGAAAGACUUCCCCGCCAUGCCCUCUUGGAAGGCAGAAGAAGAGGUGAGGGGGCGUGAGCCGAGGAAUGUGGCUUGCCCCUGGAGGCUGGAAAAGGGAAGGUGCCAUUCUCCCCUAGAGCCUACAGAAAAGAGCGCAACUCUCUCGACACCUUGAUUUCAGGCCAGUAACAUGGAUCCACUUCUAACCUACAGAACUGUAAGAUAACAAAUGUGUGUUGUUGCACACCAUGAGAUGAGUGGUCAUUUGUUGUAGCGGUGAUGACGAGCUCGAGCAACACCCAAGCAUCAUAAAAUGGACCUCUCAACAUUUUCAACUGAUGUUUAGGUAUAGGAAAAACUUGCAUUUGUAUCCCCAAGAUGCAACGCAGCAUUUUAAAUAAAAGGGCUUGUUGGCACAGGUCUUGAAUUAUAUUCCAAAUAUUAGCAUAGUUGGAGUCGUCACGGAUGUUUGAAAAGCACAAAGACUAUCGAUGAAAUGGAUGUGCUCUGGGAUGUUGCUGGCCAGCUGGCGUGCUUGCUUUGAAUGCAUUUCCACAGUGCUUUCUUUCCAGGUCUGUCUAGCCCUUAUUUUUACUAGUUUUGUACACAUCGCCCCAAAACAUUUUGUUUUUGUAACGUACAAUUCUUUUAGCUCCUUUUAGUAGUUACUGCGAUUUUACUUUCCGUGCCUAUUGUCCUCUAAACCCACAGGUAUAGGAUGCUGUGGCAGUGGUUCAAAUUCAUUGGCCAUGAAGAGGCAGGCACAUAGUACAGUGCGUUUGGAUUGUUAUACUGGUUAUAUAAUCUGGUAUGCUAAUACAUGUAUUUUCCAGCUGCCUGAGCCAGCGUCCACCCACAGAAUGAGUCUGUGUACCUGAAACCAACAAUAACAUUCUAUUCUUUUGUCAUAAAUGUCAAACUCUACUCCAAAAAAACUAGACCUGGCUAUCUGAUGUAAGCCUAUGUCAUUGGAAGUUACGUCCUUGCAAUCUGCCAUGUUCGUCAAAAUAAGCACUAAAUACAAACCUAGCAAACCAA